AUGCGACCAUAUCCUGGGAAGGAGUUGUCCAACGAGAGGAGAAUAUUUAAUUAUCGUCCUUCAAGGGCACGUAGAGUUAUUGAGAAUUCUUUCGGUAUAAUCGCUCAAAGAUUCAGCUUGCUUCGUAGCCCAAUUCCGGCGACGUCGCAGAACGUGAUGAAUUAUGUUAAAGCGUGCAUCGCCCUGCAUAAUUUUCUACGUACUCAAGAUCUCUCGGCGUCGAAUGAUGCACAGUAUAUUCCUCACGGAUAUGCAGAUGUCGGUGAUGAAAACAAUGGGGAGUGGCGGCAAGGAGAAGCAUCGCUAGCUUUAAGAAAUAUUAACAGAAUGGGUUCCAACAAUACCAAAUCAGCCGCUAAAGAAAUGAGAGAAAUUCUCACAAACUACUUUGUAAAUGAGAGUAGUGUUCCAUUGCAGAGAACAAUUGUAGGUUUGGAGUAA